ACAGUGCUUACAUUAGGCCAUCAGUGGAGGGCAGAAUCGGAUGUGAUGGCAGUAACACCAGCACGUGUGUACCAGAGACUGUUCUUACUUUAAAUUAGUUUAUCUCUAAAAGUAUAUUCAUUAAAUUAAAAUACUUUUUUACCAAACUAAUAAUACUUAUUAUAACCACCCACCCAAAAUUAUUCAAUUUUGAAGAAACUGGACAGAAAUUUUAAACCGACCGAAAAUUUGAACCGAAUCCGCCAUUUCGGAUCCGGUAACAAAAAUAUAAAUAAAUAAAUAUAUUUAACUUAUACUGAGAAAUGUAUGCAACAUAUAUUUUUGUAAAUAAGUGAAAUAAGUAAUUUGUGUGUUAGUGCAAUAAUUAAUUGAGUAAUAAGUGUGUGAAUGUGUGUGUCUGUUUUAAAUUGAUGUAAUGGCAGCCUGUCAUCCGCGUCCACUUCAGCAUCUUCAAAUACACGAUGGUACUAUUAGUAAUGUCCAAACAGUUGGAAAUAUCAAUCAUCAUCAAACCCAUAAUCAAAAUCAUCAAAAUAUACCGGCACAUUAUUCUCCACAUCUUUUAAAUUGGGUUUAUCUCGCUAUCGCCGAUCAAAACCAUCAUUCUGAUCAGAGCAAAAUAUUGCCGACGAUAUGGGGAAAUUUUCCGACAGCAUCUCAGCACCACAGUUACAUGCAAAAAAGUUCAUUAAGCCCCGGAUCAAUUCCUCUUGGAAGCAGCAUAGUCGACAGUAUCGGAGAUCUCGCUGAACAUUUUAACGAACUAGGAUUACUAGAUAAAAAACCAACAAAGAGGCCUCCCUCGACUUAUUUAUGUCACUUGUGCUUCAGAAAAGGGCAUUACAUCAAAGACUGCCCUCAAGCGAGACCAAAAGGUGAAGGGCUAACGCCAUAUCAAGGAAAGAAACGUUGCUUCGGUGAAUACAAAUGUUCAAAAUGUAAACGUAAAUGGAUGUCGGGGAAUAGUUGGGCUAACAUGGGCCAAGAAUGUAUCAAGUGCCACAUUAACGUCUACCCCCAUAAGCAGGUGAGUCUGGGGUCAACAUCGAUGUUGUUAUCGACUACAUCCCCGUCUCACGCGUUCAACUCCUUACUUCGUUACAGACCUCUGGAAAAACCCGACGGUUUGGACGUUUCUGACCAAUCGAAGGUUCACCCGCAACAUCUCUGUGAGAAGUGUAAGACACUCGGCUAUUAUUGUCGACGAGAUCAAUAAGAAAGUUUAAAAAAUACUUCACCCGCCCCCUUUUUUUACUCACUACAAAUUUAUUAUUACAGUAAUUAUAUAUGAGUAUAUAUUCUCCGAUUCUUUAUAGUUUUGUUCCGAUUACUAUUUAAAGCUCCCGCGGUUUUCCCUUCGAACCAUCAGCUCCCGAUUCCUUACACAAAAAAAAUAUAUAUAUAAACAUCCACUGAAUACAUAAACAAGGAAAGUAAAGUUUCAUGUGAGCCCAUGAUUCCUCAGUAUGUUGAAUUAAAAGUUUCCUAUACCCGAUUGAUUUAAAUAGGAAGAGCGAUAAUUUUAUUUAGACUGAAAGCGAAAAAAAUUUUUUAAUAAAACAAUCACGGGUUUGUUAUUAAUAUGUAUAAACUUUGGUCACCCGUUGAUUUAUGUAUAAAUUUCGCUGGAGAUAUUUUAUUAAUUAUUAUAAUCGUUAAUUAUUAAUUAUUAAUCAUUAAGAGUAUGCAGAAAAAAAAUAAUUAUACAGAUUUAAUUAUUUAUAAAUUUGAAUAUAAUUAAACAAUAUAUGUAUAUCUGAUACCAUCCAUGAUUAUAUCUGAUAUCAUGUAUGAUCAUAUCUGAUUUUAUGCAUGAUCAUAUAUGACACCAUGCACGAUCAUAUAUGAUUGUUCAGAUCCGAUACCAUGCAUGAUCAUAUAAGAUAUGUUAUGCAUGAUCAUAUAUGAUAGAUGUAUUAUCAUAUAUGAUACCAUGAUCUAUUAUAUGUGAUAAUGUAAUUGAUCAUAUCUGAUACUAUGCAUGGGCAUAUAUGAUUGUUCAUAUCCGAUACCAUGCAUGAUCAUAUAUGAUGUUAUGCAUGAUCAUAUAUGAUACGAUGUAUUAUCAUAUAUGAUACCAUGAUCUAUUAUAUGUGAUAUUGUAAUUGAUCAUAUCUGAUACCAUGCAUGAUCAUAUAUGAUUGAUCAUAUCUGGCACCAUGCAUGAUCAUAUAUGAUCCUAUAAUUUUUCAAAUAUGAUACACCGAUUCGUCAUAUAUGAUACCAUGCAUGACCAUAUAUGAUACCAUGAUCCACGAUACUAUGAUUGAUGAUAUCUGAUACUAUGCAUGAUCAUGUAUGAUAUCCUGUAUGAUACCAUGAUACUAUGAUUGAUGAUAUAUGUUACCAUGCAUGAUUAUGUAUUAUGCUAUGAUCCACGAUACUAUGCAUAAUCAUGUAUGAUACCAUGCAGGAUCAUGUAUGAUACUAUGAUCUAUGAUACUAUGAUUGAUGAUAUCUGAUACUAUGCAUGAUCAUGUAUGAUACCAUGAUCCAUGAUAUCUGAUACCAUGCAUGAUCAUGUAUCAUACCAUGAUCCAUGAUACUAUGAUUGAUGAUAUCUGAUACCAUGCAUGAUCAUGUAUGAUACCAUGAUCCAUGAUACUAUGAUUGAUGAUAUUUGAUACCAUGCAUGAUUAUGUAUUAUACUAUGAUCCAUGUUACUAUGCAUGAUCAUGUAUGAUACCAUGCAGGAUCAUGUAUGAUACUAUGAUCCAUGAUAUCUGAUACCAUGCAUGAUCAUGUAUGAUACUAUGAUCCAUGAUACUAUGAUUGAUGAUAUCUGAUACCAUGCAUGAUCAUGUAUGAUAUCCUGUAUGAUACCAUGAUACUAUGAUUGAUGAUAUAUGUUACCAUGCAGGAUCAUGUAUGAUACUAUGAUCCAUGAUACUAUGAUUGAUGAUAUCUGAUACCAUGCAUGAUCAUGUAUGAUACCAUGAUCCAUGAUACUAUGAUUGAUGAUAUAUGUUACCAUGCAUGAUUAUGUAUUAUACUAUGAUCCAUGUUACUAUGCAUGAUCAUGUAUGAUACCAUGCAGGAUCAUGUAUGAUACUAUGAUCCAUGAUACUAUGAUUGGUGAUAUCUGAUACCAUGCUUGAUCAUAUAUGGUAACAAUCAAGAAUUUUUUCCUGGAUGCAUAAGAUUAGAAGGUUGGUUAAGGAUAAGAAUAAUAAUUUAUAACAAUUAUUGUAAUAUUUAUAAUAUAAUAAUAAUAACAUAUAUUUAUGUAUACGCUGAAUAUACAAGCCAAAAAAUUGUUAAAUCUAAUUUAAUUAUUUAUUACAAUUUUUUUAAAAACACACCUUUGAUUUAUUUAUAAGAAUUCAAUAUGAAGGUAACGGGCGUGUAGGAAAUAUUCAAUAAUAAUAAAUA